AUGGAGAGUUACACAGUCAGAGUCAUAGCGGAAGGCCGUAGUCAAAGAUUGCUCGUCGUGCUUUCCCCGUCCCAACUCUGCUCAGCCCUGGUCGACAGCGUCAGGUCGCAACUGCCGACUCUUACCACCAGUCUCCAACUCAGCGACACCAAAGAUUAUCAGAUCAGCCUGCAUUUCACAGCGGAAGAUGGGCCAAGAUUGAACAUGGAGGAUCUACUUUCUGAUACCCUACCCGACCCAAGAGAGGUUGUGUACGCAGUCGUUGAUGGCAUCGCUCCUGAGCAGGUUUCUAGCCAAUUGACUCUGACGCACCGGUCCAAAUCCAGUGAAACGACAUUGCGCAUUCGGGUCGUCACUCCGGAGCUGGCUCAGUCCGACAUUAAUGCCAUUGCUCCGCUACCGUCCCGCGUGCCAAUUAGCUACACAUUGAAUCAGCUUAAAGGCCUUGUUGAAGAGCAUCUUGGCAACUCCACAGAAGAUGGUGAAUGCCCUGAUCUAGCGUGCAACUGCAGCCUUGCCCGAAAGAUUGACAGCGACGCUGUUUUAAACGUACAGGACAUCGGGGACUGGGAUGUCCUUCAGAAUGUCAUCAUAGUCCAUUCCAACAACAAUGUCGUCGCGAUCCCGGUCAAGGAUCUUGCACUCAGCACCAUCCAACAGGCAACAAGAGAUCAUCUCCAUGGAAUGAACUUGGACAAUAAAUUCCUCAAUGCCCUCGGGGGCGUUGAGGAUACGAGUGUGCGACAAACUGGAGGAAAGCAAUACAUCAAGGCUCCAGUCAUGGCCUUGUGCUCGAAACAAUGUCGCACUCACCGCCAAGGCCAACAGUUCAGAGAUACGCACAACCCACCGGCAUGGCGAGCCAAAACCAUCGAUAUUCACCUCUCAGAGUGUCCCCUCGAAAUCACCGCACACAAUUCUGAUGUCACACUUGAAGCGGCCAAGCUGGACGAUUGUGCCAUGAACGGGAUACUAGAUAUUUACGCUGUGCAGCGAUGGACACAGGAUCCGACAGAUGGCGUCAAUCAAGGCAAAUCAGGCAUAUUCAGCUAUUCAGCAGCUUGGAAGCAUCCUUUUGAUCAAACUGAUCGCGGCAUAUCUGACCUGCUCUCAACACUACGCGUCUUUAGUGACCUGACUUCUAGUAUCAUUAUGGAUGAUGAACGACAAGAUGCGAUCCUUCACAUGAUAGACCUACUUACGCAUUUCCCUCCAGCAGUCAGGGCAGCAUACAUACUGAUGCGUGGCGAGAACCCUCGGCUUUGUGAGCGGGCUGCUCUGGCACAGUGCCUUUACGAGGCCCUCAAGAAGAUUGUUCCACUACAAAUCAUCAAGUCGGAUCGUAUGCGUUUGUUUGAAGGGUCUCGUAUCCUGUUUGGUCUCAUUCUUGAGAAGGCAAAAAACAUGAAGCUUUCUAAACUUUCUAAGAUUGGAGAUUACUCAAAGCUUCUAUAUCUCAGUAUGCCGGUAUACGACAUGCAGAACAUGACUACGAUGAUGCCGGUACUUUCUCUUCCCGUGCAGACCACGACAGGCCUUGUUGCCAUUGGGUACCAUCACGCAUUCGACGAAGGCGCACUUCUGAAGUGGACCAACAGCCAAAGUUCAGUGAAAGUGUCUAUAGUGGAUCAGAGAUGGAAUCGGGUUGCCACGCUUUCUGGUGGUACCACAAUGCAAGUUGUUGCAUUCAAUGCCGAUGCUGUCCGAUCUGGUCAGCGCUACGCUGAUGGUGCUUAUGGAAGCCACUAUCGAAGCAUGACCACUCCCGACGAGAUCACCGUGAUUUGUGUCGACCUAAGUCGAAGCAUGAAUGAACGGUGUGGUUUCGAGGAUUUUGAGCACAACGAAGAUGCUUUCGCAGAUAUGCAAUCGCAUACAGGGGAAGAUAAAGACAUUUCGGAAGACCUGGAUAAUGAUUCGGAAGAUCCCGCUUUUCCACUACCAGAACCCGGUGAACUGAAAGGUAUGUCUGCUGACGUCUUCACUUCCAUACAGACAUGCGAGAUUAUUUACCACCUGUCAUCCGCUAUUAGAAAGAGCCCACUCUUUUCUCUAUUCAUCGAUUUUCUCGCCAUUGUCGGUUCCGAUAAAAACGACUUUGAUCGCCGCAAGAAUGCGGAAACGGUGUUGCAAAUCCUCAAGCAACUCCAUAAAACGCAGAUUGCAUCCAAACAAAAAGAACUGGAGAGUAGAAGGACCAAUGCGACUCAGUAUACUUACCGCACGGAGAGUGAAAGCUUCCGUCGCGACAUCGGCACGCUGAAGAAUCGAUCUUUGCGCCUUCAGAAGUUUCGAUCUCUCCUGUGUGCUUGGCUGAUCAACUGUGCUGACAGAGAGCUUCGCAAGGUGGUCGGACAAACUGAAGGAGCCCGCCCAAGCUUUCAGAUACCUCCUGAAUAUUGCUGCCACAUCAGUAAUGAGAUCAUGGAAAAUACUGUAAUCACUGUGGAUAACUACACGUAUGAUCGUCGAAACAUUGAGAGAUGGCUCCGGAGCAACGAACGAUCGCCACUCACAGAUCUUAUUUUGACCAGCAAUGAUCUGCGCCCCAACGUACAAAUCAAGGAAAAGAUCACUUCAUACCUCAAUUGCGCGGACAUAAUAUCAGCUCAUCAAAAAUCCAGGGUGCACACCAGGGCAUCGUCUGCUAUGCUCCAUGUGACUUUCCAGACGCCAGACGGGGCACAUUCUUUUGAUCUACCACGUACUCUUCAAUCGAAAGUGCUGUGGGAAAUCGCCUUCCGUUUAACUAAGGGGCGUCAUGAUGGAUACAAGUUACAACACAGGAAUGCCCCCGUUCCGGCUUCAGAACACGCAAUCGAACUCAUCGUGAAUCCCGACCAUGAGAUCUUCAUCAACGAUGUUGUUUCUACCGCAGCGGUGCCAGCCGUUAACCAAAAGACAGAAGAAUUGUGUCUAUAUCGCCAGAAGUUCUCGACUCUGUCUCGUAUACCAUCUCAGGUCCCAUUAAGGUUUUGGACGAAGCUGCGCAACGAGGGUGACGGUUACUGUACAGGAACAAAUUACGAUACACAUUGGAAGACAAUGUACUCUUGCUUCAACCGUGAAUUCUGCACUGGAAUAUUGGAUGAGGAGCCAUGCGUCCACAAAGUACAAAAUGCUCCCAUCAAUGCUAGUCAGCCUCUCGUCUUCAAGCUCUUGCUUGACACGCUUUCGACUCCUUCAAACGAGACCAACCACUUGACGCGCCUGGAUGUCUUGAAACAGAUGUUUGAUGCGUAUAUCAAUCGCGUACUAGCGUACAGCUUCCAACCCCACAUUGGUCUAGUUACAUUCAAUACCAAGACUCAGGUGGCACAAAAGAUUACGAACGCAGUGGAGAACUCCCGCCACAAGCUCAACAAUUUGGCAGCCUAUGGGGACACAGCUAUCUGGGACAGUGUUGCUCUUGCACAGGACCAAAUUCAACAGCACGCUAAACAGUACCCUAAUGCAAAGCUACGAAUCAUUUGCAUCUCAGACGGCGAAGACAAUACAUCCCUGAACACGGUAGAGGAUGUGGCGAAGCGUCUAACGCGUUGUGGUAUUGUUGUAGACUCCUUUUGUCUCGGCAAUACCGGGAACCUGCGAUUGCAGACACUUAGCUCUUUGACUGAGGGAUAUGUUUUUGCGCCCAAGACUCUCGAUGAAGCCAUGGCAAUAUGUGAGCUGGAGCCCGUUCUUUCCCUUCUAGAACGACCACCGUCAAUAAGUCCUGCUAGGUCACGUUAUCACCACAACAGGUUUCGCCAGUACCCCCACUCCAGCAUUUCCACAUUCUCGGGGGCGACCAGUGAAGCCCAGAUACAGCGCGUUACUCCCGACUCUUUCCCCGCUCGUCGAGAAUAUCCCGAGCUCCAGCACAUAUUCGUUGAGCUCGGUCAAUUCGCCAAGCAGGUAUCACGAAACCGUACCAACAACAAUAUUUGGCAGACCAGGAUGCACAUCGAGAUCCACAAUUCGAGCGCCAAUCCACAUCCGCACUACGACAUCUAA